AUGAAUUAUACGUCAAAUAAUUCGUCUAAUCCCAACGCAAUUACGAAUAAAAAUAAUACUACUACUAAUGAUGAUGUAAUAUCUGAUCAAGAUUUUAGAACUGCUAAUCCAAAAGAAUUAGUAAGGAAUGAUGAUACUAAUCUUGAUGAUAAUACUAAUGACACUAAGGAAGUUGAUAAUAAUAAGUAUUUUAUGGAAAUUAUUGUAUCAGAUCCACAAAAAAGACGUAAUUCAUAUUCAUAUGGGAAUAAUGAUAUAUUAAAUAAUGAAACAAAUAAUAACUCUACUAAUUCCAAUUCAUCGAGUGGACUGUACAUCAGUUAUCAAAUCUCCACCAAGACUAAUAAUCCAAGAUAUCAUAAAGAAAAUAUUAAUGACAGGACUGAAGAUCUUACGAAUUUGAAAGAUCUUGAUAAGAAAAUUAUUGUUGUCCACAGACGUUAUAACGAUUUAAUAAUAUUGUAUAACGUUCUUACAAAUGAAUUCCCCAUGAGCAUCAUCCCACCCAUUCCUGAUAAGAAGAUAUUAGAAUAUAUAUCUGGGGAUCGAUUUUCCAAUAGUUUUACACAAAGAAGAUGUCAUAGUAUACAGAAUUUUUUAAGUCGUAUAUCUAGACAUCCAAUUUUAAAAAAUAGUAAUAUAUUUGAAAUGUUUCUAAUUAGUAAAGAUUGGGAAAUAUAUAAAAAAAGUUUAGGCCAUAAUACACAUACUAAUGGUAACGGCAAUAGUAAUGAUUCUAAUGGGGUUAGUAAUAAUCCUUUAAAUAAUGCUUCUAAUAGUGUAGGGUCUACUAUUGCCGGAUUACAUUUAAAAGAAGAAAUGAUUAGUGAUGUUAUAAUGAAUGCAUUUAAGAGUGUUAAGCAUGAGAAUGAAGAGAUAACCGAAAUCAAAGAGAAAGCUGAUAAAUUAAUCAACAAUUUAAAUAAGAUCAAUAAGAUUAACGACAAGAUUAUAAAGAAGAAUGAUUCUAUUAUUGAAGAUUUCAAUAAAUUGAGUAAUUCUAUUGAAAACAUUGAAGAAAUUGUUAAUAAUGAAACCUUAGAAAAUAAAUUAAGUUUAAAUUUAAAAGAGUUUAACAAGGGGAUUACUAAUAACAUGUAUAAUUUAAGAGAUCUAAACAAAUUUAUUGAUUAUGAAUAUAAUAUUGAUAUCAAGGAUAUGGAACAAUAUGUGGAAGUUGUAAAAUCCAUGAUUAAAAUUAAAGAACAAAAACAAAUUGAUUAUGAAGAAUUAAAUGAGUAUUUAAAUAAAGCCAUUAAUGAUAAGAAUAAUCUAAUCUCUGGUGGUAAUUCGAAUUCAAGUUCUAACACAACAAGCACCACUAGUUACAUAACCAAUAAAUUGGAAGAAUUUGCAGGGAUUAAUGUCGAGAUGAAUAAACGUGAUAAAGUAGAGAAAUUAAAUAAAAAAAUUGAUUCUUUGACUAUUGAAUUGGAGAAAUCAAAGAAAAUCGAUCUAAUUUUUGAAAAGGAGAUUCUUAAGGAGAUCAAAAUUUUUGAAGAUUUCAAAACCAACGAGUUAUGCAAUACGAUGAAUAACCUUGCUGAUCAGCAUAUUGAGUACUAUGAAAAGAUGUUAAAGACUUGGGAGGAGAUCGAAUCCAACUUGCAAUAG